CGCCGACGAUCCCAAACAAAGCGUCAGAGCGGCCCAGAGCCCCAUAGACAUCGAAACGGAGUGCGGACAAAGCGGUUCGCGGUUCGAGGUUCGCUGGGUCGCUGCCAUUGGUCCAAAGCUGCCAGGCGGCGCAGACUGACAGCCAACUGACAGACGGCUGUUACCGUAAUUCGCUAAUUUCCCGCGAAGAAAAUCGCCUUUGAACUCGGCCUGGGAAAUCGUGCGCGAGUUUUUCGAAAGCAAAAUUCGCAACAGAAAUCGCUCGGACAGCGAGUAAGUGCGCAAUUUGUGUGACAGCCGAAAUAAGCGGCGCGAAUGAACGACUGGCCACAGAGAUAUUGGGCGUGAGGCAGAAACAAAUGUACUGUCUCAAAAACCAGUGCCAAGUGUCAAGCGAUUGGCUUGAACCCACGCGAUAAGCCCCACGCGGGAGAAAUACUAAUCCGAAAGCAGCCGCUCGAAUCAUGCACACCUUCAAGAGAGGGUUCUUCUGCUCGGACCUGAGCAUCCGCUAUCCCUACAAGGACUGCACGAUCACGGUGCCCAUGCUGCUCCUGCUGAUGCUCCUUCUCCCGAUGCUCUUCGUGGCGGUGGUGGAGAUCAUGCGGAUCUGCAAGCGCUUCCGCACCCGCCUUUAUCUGCGCAACCUGUGGCGGGCGGAGGCGACCUUCAGCUUCGGCUUCAUCGCCACCUACUUGACCACCGAGCUGGCCAAGCAUGCCGUGGGCCGCCUGCGGCCCCACUUCUUCCACGGCUGCCAGCCGCGGCUGGACGACGGCAGCAGCUGCUCGGACCCCCAGAACGCGGAGCUCUACGUGGAGCAGUUCCACUGCUCCAACCACAACCUCUCCGUGCGCCAGAUCCGCGAGCUGCACGUCAGCUUCCCGAGCGCCCACAGCAGCCUGAGCUUCUACUCGAUGCUCCUGCUGGCCCUCUACGUGCACGGGGUGUGGCGCGGGCGGGGCGGAGUGCGGGUCCUGCGGCACGUCCUGCAGUUCCUGCUGCUCAUGGCCGCCCUCUGCGUCUCGCUCAGCCGGGUGGCCGACUACUGGCACCACUGGUCCGACGUCCUCGCGGGCGCCCUCCUGGGCGUGGCCUACGCCGCCAUCACCGCCGCCUACGUGGGCGACCUGCUGCGCCGCGGCCCCCGCCCCGCCGGCAGCUGUCCGCCCUCCCUGAGCUACAGCCACCACCUGCACCACCACCACCAGCUGAUGGCCGACAACAACAACUCGACGGCCUCCGCGAAGGUGCACUUCCUGGCAGCGGCUGCCUCCGCCUCCAUGACCACCACCACGCCGCUGGACGACAUCCAGGACUCGGAGGUGGAGGACUCCGCGGACUCGCACGGCUCCGAGGACUCGCACGACUCCCAGGACUCACAGGACUCGCAGGAAGAGGACGGCGACGAAGGUGUCUACAAGCCGCCACUACCCCGCCCCUCCACUCUGCCCAGCGACCUGACCCACGUCGUCUAAGACACUAAGCUGGAAAAGUGGCGCACGAGGGAAUAAUCAGGCUUAUCGGCCUGCCGGCUGCUAUUUCGACUAUUUUUCCAUUUAGAAAUCGAAGCAAACAGAAAUAUGUGAUAAGCGCGCGGCGCACUCUUACCUGAUAUGCCACUGUCCACCCCCACACCCGAUCGCCGGCGGUUUUCGAAAUCCAGGGCGGUCGGUUGUGCAACUCCAGUGCCGAUCCGGGAAAUCGGUUCGCCUUCGGAAGAAUUUGGCUAUGUGUUUCGCAAAAGUAUCUGCUGCAUCCGCCGAUAUGCAGAGCCGGAUCGGGCCUCUGUAUCUUUUCGGCGGCUACUGGCUCCGCACCGACGUCCCUCGCGCCAAAGCCGCGACUUGUUUGUUUGUAAACAAUGCCGCAGUCACGUCGCAGUCGCCGCUGCCGCUUUUGAAGUGGGCAGCCCGCCAACGUGGAGAGCUCCCCAAUCAGCUGCGACAAUCUCUGGGCUGCGACGCCGACUGCGGCGCUUUCUGGCCGAUAAAGCAUUAUAAAUAAUGCCCGAGCGGGCAGCUUCGGAAAACGCUGGCUGGCGAGGAUGGAUGCGAGGCGCGAGAUUUAUGAACAAAUCAAUUAAGUCGAGUUUAAUUUUAUUAUUUGUUUUAUGUUAAUUAUGUUUGGCUCUCCACAGAUUUUAAGGCUUAAUCUAAGUGUUUGCUAUACUGGCUGAAUAAAUAUUUAUUGCCCAAGUGA